UGUUUGGAGGGAAGUUUAAGUCAAAGAAUCGAUCAAGGCAAAACACGAGAAUAAACAACCGCUGGAAGUUUCCAUUGUUUGUCAACAACUUCCCUCCGAGGAGUGAAGAUGCGGAAAUACGUACUUUAUAGUUAACUCCUGGUUUUAUGCGUUCAAACAUUAGUAGCUCGCAACGUUUAAUGGGUCGAUGGCGUCCGCAGCUUCUCAGUCGCAGCUAGCCCCGCUAGCUAACGUUAGCCUCCAUUGAGAGUGACCCACGUCUGGGCUUCUCGGGUUCGGGCCGCGGGGCUGAAGAUGCAGGAACGCGGUCACAGAUGAUCUGUAAGCGGACAUAGGGGAUCAUGGAUCGAAGGAAGAGAAGCCUGGAGGGUCAACUCUGUAAAGCUGUGAACGAUGGAGAACCCAGAUUGGUGCAGCUGCUUCUUUCACAAGGUGCUCGUCCCGACCUGUUGGCUUCUAAAGGGGUCGCAGCGAUACACCUGGCUGUUGGCAAGGAAACAGAGAAGAACAUGCGUUGCUUGAAAAUGAUGCUGGAAUUUGGAUCGGACCCCAAUAUUAGGUCGUCCGAGGGCCUGACUCCUCUUCACAUUGCUGCACUGUGGGGAUGUUACCAAAAUCUGAAGAUGCUCUUGAUGAAUGGAGGAGACCCAAACAUCAAAGACAAUGAAGGGAAUACACCAGGGCAGCUUGCAGUGCAACAGGAGAAUCGGAAAUGUGCCCUGGUCCUCCAGGAACACCAGGCCAGCUCAGUAGACACAGAGGAGGAGGACUUACCUCACUUUCAAUACUCUGUGUAUUCAGACCAAACCGACACGUCCAGCUACCCUGCGUCCGACUCCAGCUUCAGCUCCCACUCCUCUAUGAUGAGCGACUCCAGUGAAGCCCUGUUGAGCAGCACUCGGCGCUCAUCAUUCUUUAACCUGGCUAACAUGAACGGGAGGCCAGGCUGCCGAGGAUUUUCAUAUAACAGACUUUCUGAUGUGGACUCAAUGAGAUAUCACAACCAGGACUGGAACAAUUCCUUUGCACCCUGGGCAGCUGAGGGUCCCUCCAUUCUAUCAAGCACUCGCAUGUCUGCAGUGGGCCUGGCAGCUCCAAUGCCGAUCCUUAAGGAGGAUGAUUUAUUAACAAACGAUGAUGUGUUCAAGUCAAAAGCAAACGAACAUGCUGACUAUAGAAUCUCUCCCUCCCGAAGAGACACUCUUCCAGCACUUCACUCGCGGCGAACAAGUCGCAAGAGCGUGACCUUCAGGAAUGUCGAUGAAUUUUUCCCGGUGUUUAGUCCCGAAUCUCCCAAACAGCAGCACACUGUCGACAGCAGCCAGUGCACCAGCAACUUAACCUUUGACCUCUCUGAUUACUCUGGCUUCCUGGAUUCAGAACGCAUGGCCACUGUUUUACACAAGCAGGGAAUCGACGUCACAUCGCCGGAUCAUGUCUAUGUUUUCAGCAGGGAGAGCAGCACGAGCACAGAAGAGGACAUGGAGAAAACAGUCCUCAGACAUUGUGCUUUGCAAGAGAGUGAUGGUGAAGAGGAGAGGGAAAGUGUAAAAGAGGCUCAGGUUAAUGUAGCUGAACAGCCCGCACAGCCCUGUGGGAGCAAUAGCAGCGGCACGGCUAGUAGUGAUUACAGUAGCUGUGACAGUGACCAUUACACCAGUGCUCUGGAUGCGUCUGCUUUACACCCGGCUGAGGAGGAGGCGUCUGUCAGGCAUGAAUCUGGCAAAAAGACUGAGAUUUCUACAGACUCUGAUACUGAAUGUAUGUGGCGAGCUGGGAAUCUCACACCCGUUAAACCCCGGAUGGAUUCAGAACCUGACACUACAGACCAUUUACAGAAAAUCCUUGAUAAACUGUCCCUGUGUGACAUAAAAUCCCCAAACAAUGAAGCAUUUGCAUCUAACAGACCUGUUGUGGACACUUCAAGUGAAGGCAGAGUUGAUGAGGAGGCUACUACGCUAACGACAGAUGCCGAAUCUGAUGUAGUUCAGGUUUUAGAGGAAGUAGCCGAACUCCCGUUCACACCGAGUCCUUUCGUAACUGGAAGGACUCGCUCCAGGUUGAGUCGCUGCUCACUGAGAACAAGCAAAACGCACGAGAGCCUCCUUCUCACUUCGUCUCUGUUUGAGGAAACCCUGCCUUCGCCAGUUCGAACACGCCACCAGACGCCCAGGUCUCGGAGCAGUAUAGACUAUUACAGCUCCCCACAUGUGACUCAUUAUACGCCAUCAUAUUCGGGGAGUAGCACAGGAGGAGACUCCUUACCUGCAGAUUGCAAGGACACGCAGUCCUGCACCCUGAGAGCUGGUUCAGGUGUUAGCCACAGCCAAGAGGACACCAUCAUCCUCUCCAAGAGUGUAACUGAAUCACAGACUUUAUCAGAUACAGUCUUACUGGGUAAAGACCAGGACUCUGUAAUGGAUGCUUAUGAAUUAAACCUCGCUGAGGUUGUGCUUGCUAUGCGAGGACAAGACAGGGAUGUUGCUAAAGGUUUAGAUUUUAUGACCGAUGAUGUGACGAGUACAGAUGAGGCAACAACGAAGGGGAACGUACACGAUAACCCUGACGAGGCCAGAAGCGACGGCGUAGGAAACGAAGAUGUCUGGAUCACUGAGGACUGCAGCUCUCAGCCGGACUCUGUGUCGUCUUCAUCCAGCUCCAGUUACUUUUCCCCCAGGAGGUCCAGGGACGGCUCUGACCCGGCGAGCACCCCAGGCACAGGAUGCACCCCGAGGUACAGCAUCAGCCGACUGUCGGGCUGUCGCAGGCCUCAGCACCUGGCCAACCUGUCUUACACACCCGGAGGCCGUCCGCUCAUUCAGGACCUGGAAGAGCCGGUGGAGUACCUGUACACCGAUACAGAACAGGGCCACAAAUUGAUCGAGACCCACGUCCCACCGACUGCGGACACCUCGCUCAGCUCCAGCAUGAGCGCCAGCAGCAGCGAGGACACCAUCCUUUAUGACUGGCGCUUGGUGCAGACCGAAUUGACGAGCAGCAGAGGAAAGGAGAACCAGAAGCCUCCGACGGUGAUAAAGAAAGAGAAACAGGAUGAGGGGGAGAGUCAUUUCUUGCCCGACACUAAAGGGUUAACGGACAAGGAUCUGAGAUCGAGGCUCCUGGAGCUGGGGGAGAGUCCGGGUCCGAUCAGCAGCCGCACCCGGCCCACAUACAUGAAGAGGCUGCGCCGCCUGAUGCAGGAGGCCCAAUCCCCACAUCACCAGAAGCUAUUAGACCAGCCGCACACAGGUGAUUCCGGUUUCAGUCCCGAGUUGUGUCGGGCCCUGAAGACCUUCCAGCUGCCUGACUGUCAGACUGACGAGCAGGAUCUAUGUCAGCAGUUUGACCAACCAGAUCAGAACAGGAAGUGGAGGGAGGGCGUCAUCAAGUCCAGCUUCAACUACCUGCUGCUCGAUCCAAGAGUGACGAAGAACCUCCCGUUCCGCAGCCACACCAUGAAUCCACAGGAGGGUUUCCAGGCUUUUGUCAACGCCAUAUUUUAUGUGGGGAAGGGGAAACGCUCCCGGCCUUACAGCCACCUGUACGAGGCUCUAGAGUACUUCAGAGGGGACAAGACCUGCAAGAAACUGUGCCCCAAAGUGCAGCACAUCCUCCAGGUGUGGGAGGCCGGGCAGGGCGUCGUCUCUCUGCAUUGUUUCCAGAACGUUAUUCCAGUGGAGGCCUUCACUAGAGAGGCCUGUAUGGUGGAGGCCAUCGGUCUGAAGAUGCUCACCAAUCAGAAGCGAGGUGAUUUUUAUGGCGUGGCGUCCAACUGGCCGGUGAAGCGUAAACGGGAGCUGGGCGUCCAUAUGCUCUCCCGGGCCAUGCAGAUCUUCCUGGCUGAGGGCGAGAGGCAGCUCAGACCGGCAGACAUCAGGCAGUAGCGACCCCUACAGGAGAGGGGCAUGAACAGCAACAAAACACCAACACAGGGAAAUACCACUAGGAAUAAAAAAGGAAUCCUUAAUGGGUUUGAACCUCAGGAUCCCUCUGUAUAUUAGCUCUGAUCGCUCCCUUAGUUAAAUACACUCUUUUUUUACAUGUGACACUAUCUGGAAUAGACAUUUACACCCUUUGAAUUUGAAAAUCAUCUUGCUUGAUACUGUAUAAAGAUUAAGGAAAAACGUGGGAGUGUGGAGAUGAGCAUUAUGAUAAAAUACAGAUUUAUAACUGCAGCUCUUUCAUCAGUCAGGAAAGAUAUUUUACAAAAACAUUCUUCCCAGCGGGACACUUUUCAUCUCAUCUGCUGUAAUAAUACUUUUAAAUUGAUCCACAACCAAAUUCAAAUAUCUUAUGUAGCAUAUUUAAAUUAACUGGUGCUGCACUGAUCUUAUGUCCAAAUUCCAAAGAAGCUUUAUCGUGUUACUACUGUAGUGUAAAAUUAAUCCGAGGCCAACAUUUGGCUCUUACUACUUAGUUUAAACUUUAAGAAACUUGAUAUUUGUCACAAGCAUUUGUUCAUGUGACUGGAUUCACAUUUAUUUUCUUGUAUAUUUAAAUGUUUUUUUUUACAGAAAGCCAUUGAUGUCAUAGCCUUAUUGGUGUUUCGUAUGUGUACAAUUCUUUUUGGAAUUUCAAUAUGAUCAGUCUUGUGUAGAAACAGGAUGCUGAAGUUUUCAAUAUCACAACUUAAAAAUGUUCAGUUGUCCAAGUUAGUCGCGAAACUGGUUUGUGUUAUUUCACAUGCUGUCAUGAAAUAUGGAUAAUCCCACAGAUGUGUUUUUAAUGUCUAUUUCAACUAGGUUUGUGGAUAUCAAGAUAAUUAUAUCCUAAAACUCAUGUUCACUUGCCUGGAAGUUGCCCAGUCAUUAUCUCACUGGGACGGCUUGAAGAGCAACAAUUAUAAACUGACACUUGUAGUUUGGAAAGAUAAUUUUCUUUUUUAUUCUCAAUCCCCUUGUUUAAGUAAAAACACCUGACCUACAGCAUUAACAUUUUCAUCAUGAAAUUAGUUUCAUGCAAAUAAUUACCUUUAUUAAAUAAACAUUAAAGCUAUUUUAAUAGUAUGUCAAUUAAGGGCGUAGAGACACCUUUUGAGGUUCCAGGUUUUUGUAGUUAAACGUAAAAAGUCCAAAAGUAAAUUUUGAUCAAUGUUUUGUUGUUUUUCAGUUGUGUAUGAAUUGUUAGAAAUUGCUCUUGUUUCAUGUUAAGCAUCAACAGUAACUUCAGCUCUCUAAUUCCUGUUUAUUUUCCCCUUAUUUUGGAUUUAUGUAAAAAAAAAGAAAUACAGAAGACUUAAAAACUUGAAA